UGUACGCUGUGCGUUGUGUGGGCUGUUUCCAUAAUAUUUUGGCUGCCGUUUCAUUAUACUUAGUUAUAGUUAUUGUUAUUGCUCUUCUUCUUAUUGUUGUCGCUUUUGUGAAAAGAAGAAGUAGACCCCGCUUUUCCAAGACAUCUCUGACUAGCAACCAUUUUAACAAUUGAAGCAAGAAAUCGACAGCUAUAAUGUGGUUUCAGUCUCGCUCCGACGCUCUUGCAAAGAAGAUGUUGAGGCCAUUGCUAUUGUCGCUGCUAAUGGUGGCCGCGGCUGCCUUUGGCUCCACCCAGGAUGCCAACUACACCAGCAAGGAGGGCUGCGAGUCCAUCCUCACGGAUCCGUCGCAGUGCGAGUGCCUCGAUCAUCGCAUCAAGUGCGGCCUAGCUAUUCUACGGAGUGAGCGGCACCUGAGUGAGAUCAGUUGCAGCACGUACGAUGCACGUGCCUUGGAAUACUUUCCCAGCCUCAAGGUGGGCAACAUAACGAAGCUAAUACUCAGCCAUUGCGCCUUUCCCAGCGCCGCGGUAAUGCGCGAACGUUUGGCCCAUCUGGGCAUCAAGAACUACACGGAGCUGCUGGUGGAGAACAUCUUCGAGAAGAACGACAAUCACAGCGUAUUGCUGCAGCAGCGCUUUGCCAAUAUGCCCGCCUUCACCAAGCUGCGUCUGCUCAACUUCAAGAUUCCACUGCCUGCCAACUAUCUGGAGAACUGUACGGAGCUCACAGAUCUAACGCUGCGUGGCAGCAGCGAUCUUCCCGGCACCCUGCUCCAUCCUCUGGGGCAACUCACCAAGUUGGACAUCAUGGUCCGCAAUAUGGCCAAUGUGGCUAGCAAGAUAUUCUCGAAGCAAACGAAACUGCAAACCCUCACUCUGGACUGCAGUCUGAAGAACAGCAGCGUGGAGAUGUCCACACUCACAUCCCAGGAGCUCUGGCAUAUGCCGGACCUUCAUCAGUUCGAGCUGCACAGCUGUGGCGACAAUGUGCCGACGGAACUGUUUUGGAAAUCCGAGAACUUGGUCUUCAUUGGCAUUGAGAGCAAUAUCAGCUAUGUGGGCAGGGACUUUCUGAAGGCCCAGAAGAAUUUGCUGACACUGCAGUUAUCGAGAAAUAACAUUGCCCGUCUGCCCGACGAUCUGUUCCGCAAUACGAUACGACUACGCCACAUCAUGCUAGCCCACAACAAUUUGGAGCGCAUACAAAGUGGUCUCUUCGACAGCAUCGAAAACCUGUACAUUCUGAAUCUGGAGCACAAUCCCAUUACAACCGUGUCCCCAGAUGUCUUUAAUAAGCUGUCGAAUGCGCGCAUCUAUUUGGGCGCACUCUACAGUCAGCACAGCAAGGCGGAUUGGGCCAAGUCCACAAAGGCCACACUGUGCGAGGAGGAGUUCAAAUAUGGGGUCUGCAUCUAUUGUAAGCGGGAGGAGUAUUUGGAUCAUUUCGCCGAUAGGGAGAACUGCAACAAGCAGACUGAGAAACUGGAGAACGUUUUGUUACAGAAACUGAACAUAAAUCGUUGGAACCGAACGCGUACCACGUCCAAGAAGCAGAAAUCAGCGAAAUUAGUGAAAUCAGAGAAAGCAGCUGCCAAAUCGAAGGCAACACAAUAAAUACGUACCUACAUAUAGUACAUACUCAUACAUAUAUAUAUAUUUAUUUACUGCUGCUCUCAGUGUUAGUUAUUAUUUCCGAUAGCCUGACAGCAGACACUGCUCACAUACUAUAAACAUAUAUACGAGUAUAACAUAA